CGAGCACGUUUGUCUCGAUGAUCUUAUUACAUCGAAACGAGAGACGGAUCGGAUUUUAUCGAGCGAAUCGAACGAGGUCGGUAGCGAUUUACUUUCGUCUUCGGUAAUCACAGUCUCCGCGCUACCACGGUUAGUAUGUCGUCGCGUGCCUGCUCGCGAGCCGCAGGAAUCCUCGCGUACGUCGAGAUAGACAGUGCUUUUAUUCGAAUAACGAAUCAAAUCAUCGUACAGCAAUUUAUUUGUGACUAUUAUCAGAAUGGUGUAGAAUGUAUAGUUAAUACAUGGAUACUUGGUUUAUUUAAUAGUAAAGGUUUUGACGUUUACUUAAAUUCAAAAGUCUGCAGUUUAAAAGUGUGACAGAAAUAUAACGAUCAUGUGUAAAAAUAAAAAGAGACAAAGAAAAUAAAUUUAAUAUUAGCAGCGCGUAGGAUGAUUCGACUUCAGUUUAUGUCCUCUUUGGUGUAAAUUCUAUAUAAAUAAAAAUAUAAAUGUGAAAAUAAGAAGAAGCAAUAUCUACAGUAUGCAAUACAACACCUAUAAAAGUUGAAAAUACUUGUAGUCAAUAAUAAAUCAAUACGGAUUGAUCGAAAAAGUAAAUCAAGUGCAAAAAAAAGAGGAUCAACAAGUGCUGCCUAUAACUCACCCUUAAGUUUCUCAUAUUUCAUUCCGUACUUUAAACUCUAGCAUUUAUUUAACGUGUGACCAAUGAACCCUCGUUUACAGUAUUCAGAGAAAAAUUUCGCCCGCCUGUAGUCGUGCGAAUUGUGACGCGAAAUGUUUGCGGAUACUUUCGAGUGGCGUGUUGGUGACGUGAUUGUUUUUCGCGUGACACUCAACGUCGCUAUUUUACACGCGUGUGCCCGUACUGGCUGUCGAGAUGCGUUAGAAACUCGACGGGGCGACGGUGUCGUCCAAUGAGGCUAAUUUCCCGCGAAUUUUCUAACGACAAACGCGGUGUGAGUCCCUACGGCUGAAGGGCGGCACAGGCUCCCGCGGGGGGCGGCUGUGGCGGCGGUGGCGAAGGGGGGAGAGACGGUGGGGCGGACCGGAACCGGAAAUGGCUGCGAGGUGGCUCCUGCUGGCGCUCCUCGCCGCCCACGCCGCGGCUCUUCCUGAUAUCAUUAGGAUAGGUGGGCUAUUUCAUCCGUCGGACGACAAGCAGGAAGUGGCAUUUCGUUAUGCAGCGGAAAAGAUCAACGCCAACCGGGAUAUCCUGCCCAAGUCCCGUCUCAGCGCCCAGAUUGAGCAGAUAAAACCGCAGGACAGUUUUCACGCCUCCAAGCGGGUGUGCCACUUGCUGCGCGGCGGGGUUGCGGCGAUUUUUGGCCCGCAGAGCGCCCACACCGCCUCGCAUGUGCAGAGCAUUUGCGACACUAUGGAGAUUCCGCAUCUAGAGACACGCUGGGACUAUCGACUCAGACGACAGAGCUGCCUCGUCAACCUUUAUCCGCACCCCACCACCCUCUCCAAGGCGUACGUUGAUUUGGUGAAAGCCUGGGGAUGGAAGAGCUUUACCAUCAUCUACGAGAACAACGAAGGGUUGGUGCGGCUGCAGGAACUCUUGAAGGCGCACGGACCCAGUGAAUUCCCUAUUACGGUCAGACAGCUCAGCGAGGGCUCCGAGUACCGGCCGCUGCUGAAGCAGAUAAAGAACUCGGCCGAGUCGCACAUCGUACUGGAUUGCUCCACGGAGAGGAUUUACGACGUGUUGAAGCAGGCGCAGCAAAUAGGGAUGAUGAGCGACUAUCACAGCUACCUCAUCACCUCUCUGGACCUUCACAGCGUCGACCUGGAGGAAUUUAAGCACGGCGGGACCAAUAUCACUGCCUUCCGAUUGGUGGACCCUGAGAAGCCAGAAAUUCAGAACGUCGUCCAAGAUUGGAUCUACGGCGAGAAACGCUAUAAUCGGGAGCUGGAUAUGGGACAAAACUCCAACAAGAACAACCUCACCUGCAUAAAGACUGAAACCUCGCUGAUGUACGACGCCGUGCACCUGUUCGCCAAGGCUCUGCACGACCUGGACACGUCUCAGCAGAUCGACAUCAAACCGCUCUCGUGCGAGUCCACCGACACCUGGCCACAUGGAUACUCUCUCAUCAAUUAUAUGAAAAUCGUCGAGAUGACAGGCUUGACAGGAAUCAUCAAGUUCGACCAUCAAGGAUUCCGCUCGGACUUCAUCCUGGACAUCAUCGAACUGAACAACAAGGAGGGCCUGAAGAAGAUAGGGAUCUGGAACAGCACCAGGGGUAUAAACUUCACGAGAAGUUACAAAGAGGAGUACAUCCAGAUCGUAGAGAAUCUUCAGAAUAAGACUUUCAUCGUGACGACCAUUUUGAGCGCGCCGUACUUCAUGAGGAAGGACUCGAGCGAGCAGCUAACCGGAAACGCACAGUUCGAGGGCUACAGCGUCGACUUGAUUUUCGAGAUAUCGAGAAUCCUCGGUUUCAAUUAUACGUUCCGACUGGUCCCGGACGGACGGUACGGGUCGUACAACAAGGACACGAAAGAGUGGGACGGUAUGAUGAGGGAGCUGCUGGAUCAGAAGGCCGAUCUAGCGAUCGCUGAUCUAACCAUCACGUACGAACGGGAGCAGGCGGUCGACUUCACUAUGCCCUUCAUGAAUCUAGGGAUCAGCAUACUGUACCGUAAGCCCAUAAAGCAACCCCCGAAUCUGUUCUCGUUCCUCAGUCCUCUGAGCCUCGACGUUUGGAUUUAUAUGGCGACAGCUUAUCUUGGCGUCUCCGUGCUGCUCUUCAUACUCGCCAGGUUCAGCCCCUACGAGUGGGAGAAUCCCCAUCCGUGCAACGGACAGUCCGAGGUCCUCGAGAACGAGUUCACCCUGAUGAACUCGCUUUGGUUCACCAUAGGCUCGCUCAUGCAGCAAGGCUCUGAUAUAGCGCCGAAGGCCGUGUCAACUCGCAUCGUAGCUGGGAUGUGGUGGUUCUUCACUUUGAUCAUGAUUUCAUCGUACACCGCCAACUUGGCCGCGUUCCUCACCGUGGAGAGGAUGGAUUCGCCGAUCGAGGGGGCCGAGGAUCUCGCAAAGCAGACGAAAAUCAAAUACGGGGCUCUCAAAGGAGGCAGCACCGCCUCCUUUUUCAGGGAUUCCAAUUUCUCGACGUACCAGCGCAUGUGGUCCUUCAUGGAUUCGGCAAAGCCGUCGGUAUUUACAACGAGCAACGUCGAGGGGGUGGAGCGAGUGAUCAAGGGCAAAGGCAGCUACGCGUUCCUAAUGGAAUCCACUUCUAUCGAAUACGUAAUCGAGAGGAACUGCGACCUCACUCAAGUCGGUGGUCUCCUGGACUCGAAGGGAUACGGCAUAGCCAUGCCCCCGAAUUCGCCGUACAGGACGGCCAUAAGCGGGGCGAUCCUCAAGCUCCAGGAAGAGGGCAAGCUGCACUUGCUGAAGACACGCUGGUGGAAGGAAAAGCGCGGCGGGGGAUCUUGCAGGGAUGAGACGUUGAAGAGCAGCUCAACAGCGAACGAGCUGGGCCUGGCGAACGUCGGAGGGGUGUUUGUGGUCCUGAUGGGCGGGAUGGGCAUCGCUUGUGUGAUAGCCGUGUGCGAGUUCGUCUGGAAGAGCCGGAAGGUCGCCAUUGAGGAACGGAAGUCCGUGUGCUCGGAGAUGGCGAGCGAGCUACGUUACGCCCUGGACUGCGGGAAUGGGACGAAGAAGCCGGUGAAGAAGGCGCUAUGCCGCCGCGAGGGACAGCAGUCCAAUCUGUCGAUCGUCUCUGAAGAGGGCAGGUACCCGGAGUGCAACAAGUACAGGCACUUCGUCGGGAAAGCGCCGCUCACUUGAACGCUCUGGGAUCGCGCGACGGCCAGCGACUGAUACGAUUCGCGAUCGAACGAAUCCGAGACGCGAUCGAUCGCGGAACAUGGUGUGCAACGAGGCGCGAACAGGUCGACCAGGUCCAGGGGAACGGACUCACCUCCACCUGCGCGCGCGCGCGCGCGUGUGUGUGUGUGUGUGUGUGUUGUACGCGUCCGUUCUCUACCCCUCGUUCCUUUUUUUUUCCUUUCUCUCAUUUUUUAUUACGAGUGACGCGAACGUCGAGCAAGGUAGUUCUUCGACUAGCACUUCGUAGGAUCUACACGUUCGGUCGUUGAUCGAAGCUCGCUGGAUUGUAGCGGGAGACAACGACGCGUGGCCGUUCGUGCGGAAGGAUUAACGAGGACAAGGGAGCCAACUGGAAGCCUUUGUAUCUAGUAACGCUACUUGCGGUAAAAACGGACGUCUCUGGCAAAAAAUAGAGCGCGGUACGAAGACGGGGCGGGAUCGGUCGCUGAUUGUGUUUUCCGGUCAGCUGGAUAAAACGCGAACGGUCGUGGAUGAUGGGUUUAUUUACUUGGUAUGUAAUAAUUUGUUAAUUGUAUCUAGAAGGGAGGUCGUUGGCUUGUAUGAUGGGGAUAUAUUUAUUUUAUGUAUAAAUCAGUCCAACCUUUUUAUUUAAUUUAAAUUCGAGCAAUAAAUCAAUGAAUCCUAAUGGUCCUAUUAAUCUAUUAGAUGUAUCUGUACGCCAUGUCGUUGGUUCAUGAAGUACACCUAUAUGUCCUUAUCUUCGAGACCUCAAUUAUUACAAUUAAGACAAUAAUAUUUAAUGUGCAUUUUAUAUAAUAUUCAAGUCUUCUCCAUCGUUAUAAGUUAUAAGUUAGUAUGUAUUUUUAUUUCCACGUUACUUAAAGUGUGAAUGUUGAAAUCUUGUAUCUAUUAAUCUUGUAUGUCGAAAUCUGUGUUGAAACAUCUUGCCUUUUAUCUAAAUUUAUUUGUCAGUUUCAAACAUCUGAACGACAUAUACGUACACAGAUGACUACAAUUAAUUGACCCUCUCGCAUUUACUCAUUCCUACACCAAAUUUAUAAUACCGUGUUACGUCACGUAGAUCAUUUUUCAACAACCAUUCGCGAGCAAACAAACGCACACACUCGACCACGCGUCGAUGUCUCCCUCAGGAUCCACUGCGAGCGCCCAGCGACCGUUUCGCGAUGAGUAUGCGUGUUGAAGACGAUCAAGAAGGGAAAAUGAAUUCAACGAAUGCAUGUACGCAACGCUACUCGAACAGCGAACGAAAGUGUCGUGAAUCGAAGAUCGUUCCAGCAUCGACCACGUUCGUAAUUCUGGAAGAAAGUACAUCGAUAUUGAUCGAAUCGAAACCUCGAAUGCUCCGCGAACGUCUCCCCGUCUCUGUUCGAUGGCGUUCAGUUACAUUUAGUGUAAAUAAUUAUGCUAACCGUUAAGAUUACGAAUUACACGAUCGCGUCUAUGCAACGGCAAUUGUAUUAGAGGACGUUCAUGAGAAAAAUUGAUCUUAUCGCGAGAGAAAUUGUUCGUUCAAUUAGUAAUCUCUUGAUUUCGGAGCGUUUCGUCCCGAAUGCUGUAUGACGAAGUGUCAACCGCGUGUGAGCGUCGUAGAAAUGUUCACGUAUCAACGUUUCGGCGACACUUCACCGGAUUUAGAUAGAAAACGAGCGAUAUUUUAUAUUUUCUUUUCGUAUCGAGAGUGGCGAGUCUCACUUUCGUCAGAGUUCGAAGCUUUCAGCCUCACUAUUGUUACCAUUAAAUUUCGUUGGUCUGUCUGCGCAGGCUCACCUAAUUUCCAUCAACUGCGAUCGCGUUGAUUCCUCGAACAUCUUCGUUGAUAGACAUCAAAUAAAAAUUAAAAUAGAAUGCAAAGUGUGUAAACGCAUGGUACAGAAAAAUCAAAAUUAUUUGAUGUUAUUAAAAGUGAAUUAUAACAUGUAUUUAGUGGUAUCAUUGCAUAUAGACACAUUUUUAAAUAAUCCUGUUCACAGACAAUUUGAACGUUGUACGUUCGAAUCGAUUAAAUAAUAAGCCGGGAUUCUUGUUGAAGUAGAAUAGGAUCGUCUAGGCCAGACCCGUAAGAGGUGAAUUAAAAUAUUCUUAGCAAACCAAAAAACGAUUAAUUAAUUGUUUAUACGUGCUUGUAAUCUUAACUUCAAUUUUCCUUAAGUUUCGUCUCGCAUUCAAGUUUCUGUUCAAGUUCGUUUAUUCCAAAGAGUGAGUAAACUACAACACUGAAUAUACCUGUCAUUCGUACCUUUGGAUUCAGUUAUCAAACACGUUCGCACGAAAGUGAUCUUGUUCUACGUAAUUAUAUCUAAUCUCGAGUAAAGUCUUCCAAUUUCCUUUAAUCAGUCCACGUUCGAAGGCAACGAAUCGCCAGGAAUCCUGCUCGCAGUCGGCGCACGUUGCUAUUCACGCGACGCCACGAACUGAGCAGUAUUAAUUUCCGUCUUCCUUCUCUUAAGGCGUAAACACGCGUGAAUAGCAUGCACGUGCACAGGUGUCCGCCUAGCUCCGAUAGCGAUCGAUUUCCGGACGCAGAUAGAUCAGCGAAAUGCAAUUAGCGUCAGAAUUCGAAUGUUCGAUAUUGCCAGGCUGCGCUGGCCGCGAACGUCGUGCACGAUUUUGGGGCACGUGCGCGACCUACGUCGUUUGAUGUAUCAUCGUUUUACGAAGUCUCUGUCGUUUUUUACUCUCGACUAACCGACUAAACUCCUGUCGAAGACUCUGUACACCC